CAAACAUCAGAGGAUGCUCGCGCACGUGCGCGUUUCAUCACCACAGUCUGAUAUUAGCACGCGCGCCCUUUCCAAACAAACUCAGAAUCCAAACACACUCGACGGAACGUCCUUUUGCUGCCUGGAAAAAAAACCCCGAAGUGAUGUUGAGUUCCCGCCCAGUAUGAGAGGGAAUGUUGAGGAAAGGCGAGCUUAUGGUUUAGGAUCAGAACUCGCAGGUGAAUUAUUUUCCAUGAAUAAUCUGUCAGCACAUCUAUUUGAGUCAACAAAGAACAAACAAACCUGGAAAUAGUUCGGGAAUCGAUUCGGGAAAAGCGGAUACAUUGCUUCAAGGAUUAAAAAUUCCACACAGGAUCGUUGAGCCUACAUGUUAAGCCUUUCCAGAUUUUUUUUUAACCAGUAACCCAAAAGAUGUAGGUGCAUCUCUCAGAUAAAUAACAGGUCCUACAAGAAUCAUGUGUGAAGUGGUGGAUCCCUUUUCCAACUUUCUCACUGGAAGCUGCUCAUAAACGCCAUCUGCUGUUCAAGAGAGUGGAGCGAGUGUGUGGAAAAUGGAUGUCCAGCCUGAACCUGGAAUGAAUGAAAUCAUAUUUAACCACUACAACCACUCGGGCAAGUGGGGAAGACCAAAAACCGCCGGUACAUGCAAGACAGUCUUCCUGAUUUGCAUCUGUGCUCUGAUUGUAUUGGAGAACAUCACCGUACUACUGGCGCUGUGGCGCAACAAGCGUUUCCACAGCCGCAUGUACUUUCUAAUCGGCAACCUGGCACUUUCGGACUUGUUAGCUGGAGUUGCGUACGUGGUCAACAUCUUCACCUCCGGCCGAAAUACUUAUUUCCUCAGUCCCGGCCAGUGGCUUCUGCGAGAGGGGAGCAUGUUUGUGGCGCUUAGCGCCUCAACCUUCAGCUUGCUCGCUAUCGGAAUCGAGCGCCACAUGACGAUGGUUCGCUUGCGCCCGUGCGAGACCGCAGGACGGGGGAGGUUGCUAGCUCUCCUUGGAGCCUGCUGGGCCGUUUCAAUCCUGCUGAGCGCUUUGCCCAGCCUUGGCUGGAACUGUUUGGACCGAGUCCACACCUGCUCCACUGUCCUACCGCUGUACGACAAAAGCUACAUAGCCUUCUGCAUCAGUGUCUUCACGGCCCUGCUAGCGGCGAUCGUGGUGCUAUACGUGCGCAUUUACCAGCUUGUGACGUCCAGCGGCCGUAGAGUGAGCUCUCGGCCGUCGGAUCGCUCGCUCGCACUUUUGCGCACCGUAGUGAUAGUGCUAGGGGUUUUUGUGGCCUGUUGGGCUCCUCUUUUUCUGCUACUCCUGCUGGAUGUGGGAUGCAGUCCAGAGCAGUGUCCGGUUCUGUACCAGGUGGACUGGUUCAUCGCCCUGGCCGUGCUCAACUCCGCCCUCAACCCUCUCAUCUACACGUUCUCCAGCCGCGAGAUGCGGGCCGCGUUCAUACGAGUGCUGUGCUGCUGCUGUUCCGAGACGCCACUGGACUCUAUGCCUACGGUGGCAGGGGCGGCACUGCCGGGAAUAGUUAUCGCAACCGCGGAGAACAGCAAGUCAAGCAUGGCCGGCGCAGCCAAGUCCUCCCUGAUGCGAAGCAAAGUUCCUACCCCAACUAACUCCCAUCAUCAGCAUGGGGACACGUCUCAACCAGUCUCAGGGCCAGGGGACCUACUGUCCGCGGUGCUGGUUAAAGCUGGCGCGCUUCCCUCGUUGGGGAAGUUUUGAGACUAUGGGAGUCAGCACAAAAGAGCGAGAUGUUUUGGUCAUGGUUCCUGUUUUGUAGUUGUUGUUUUUUGUAGUUUUUUCAGCACUCUAAGGAUUACAAAACUUGGAUUCGCUUUCAUACAAAAGACAAAGAGAUUUUAAAGGUACUAUCAAAGCAUGAUUGAACAAUGCUGACCAAAGGAAACACAAACUGAAUUGACUUCUAUUUAUGAAACUGAGCAUGUGCAAUUGCACAUAACACUACAGCCACUACAGAAUGUAAUCACUCGAAAAGCUUAAGUGUGCAAUUUUUUCUAUCAAAAUAACCCAAUUUGUAAAACGGUAUAUUAGCUUUUCAUGAAGGAAACACCUUAACAGUAUUAUAUAGCUAUUAUUAUUAUAGUGCUUUAACAUAUUCUCACAGUUCAUUACUAGACAAAAACGUUUUGAAUAGUUUGCUAUUCUUAUUACACAAAGUGAGUGCUUUAAAGAAGACUGUGGAUGUUUACGGUUAAUAUUCUGUGGAUCGGUUUAGAUGGCAGAAUGACGUGGUUUUGUUGUGAAUGUCUUGAAAUUGUUUCUUUUUUUUCCCCCAAUAGUACUUGCUAAAUUAUAUAAACACUUAAAUGUU